CUCCUUGUUCCAAUUUCUUAAAACCCUAAACUUGCAAAAGGGGUUUAUCAUUCAUUUAUGCUUCCACCACCAAAUCUUCAACACAUUCCACUCAAUUGAGGUGUAGAUAGGGUUUACAUCUUUACACUCCGUCAAUGGCGGCUUCAAAGCUCGCAUCGUUGGCAGCUAUGGCGGCCGUUGCUGCCGCAUCAACCACCACUUUCGCCUACGCCGAUGCUCCGUCGUAUCGCUUCAAUCCGUUCGCUCAAUCUCCGACUCCAGCUCAGACGCCUCAAUCGGAUUCGAAGCCUUCAAACGCGGAUCCUAAGCCGGAAGUUGAGGAUUCUAAAGGCGGAUUUGAUCCUGAAGCUCUUGAAAGAGGCGCUAAAGCACUCAGAGAAAUCAAUAGUUCUCCUUUAUCCAAACAGGUAUUUGAGUUGAUGAGAAAGCAGGAGCAAGCUCGUCUUACUGAGUUGGCGGCAGAGAAGGCUCAUCAGGAAGCUAUUCAGGCUCAACUUGAUAUUGAAAGGCAGCAAAAACUUGCUGAAGAGCAAAGGAAUUUAGUACAACAGCAAUCACAAGCUAAGGCCCAGUUAUUGCGAUAUGAAGAUGAAUUGGCUAGGAAGAGGAUGCAGACAGAUCAUGAGGCUCAAAGACAACACAAUGCUGAGCUGGCAAGGAUGCAAGAAGAGUCUUUAAUACGGAAAGAACAAGCAAGACGAGCAACUGAAGAACAGAUUCAAGCUCAACAAAGACAGACAGAGAAAGAGAGAGCUGAGAUAGAGCGUGAAACCAUUAGAGUUAAAGCCAUGGCUGAAGCUGAAGGUCGGGCCCAUGAAGCAAAACUAACUGAGGACCAUAACAGAAGGAUGCUUAUAGAACGAGUAAAUGGUGAAAAGGAAAAAUGGCUUGCAGCAAUCAACACAACUUUUAGUCAUGUUGAAGGUGGCGUGAGGAUGUUGUUGACGGAUAGAAGCAAGCUAGUAAUGACCGUUGGUGGAGUUACUGCCUUAGCUGCAGGAGUUUAUACAACUAGGGAAGGCGCGAGAGUGAUGUGGGGAUACGUAAACCGGAUUCUUGGACAACCAUCAUUGAUUAGGGAAUCAUCUAUGGCAAAAUUCCCAUGGUCAGGGAUAGUAACUAAAGGAACACAAAAAAUCACUAAUUUGGGAAAAUCAAAUUCUGUGGAAAAUAAACAUAAAUUCGGGAAUAUCAUACUUCAUCCUUCUUUGCAGAGGAGAAUAGAGCAUCUUGCUCGAGCUACCGCAAAUACUAAGUCCCAUCAAGCACCGUUUCGCAACAUGCUCUUUUAUGGGCCUCCUGGUACCGGCAAAACUUUGGUUGCUAGAGAAAUAGCCCGAAAAUCGGGCUUAGAUUACGCAAUGAUGACAGGUGGAGAUGUUGCUCCACUCGGUGCACAAGCAGUUACUAAAAUUCAUGAGAUAUUUGAUUGGUCAAAGAAGUCAAAGAGGGGGUUGCUGCUUUUUAUUGAUGAGGCCGAUGCUUUUCUUUGCGAACGUAAUAGCACACACAUGAGUGAAGCCCAAAGAAGUGCGUUAAACGCACUACUCUUCAGAACUGGAGACCAAUCAAGAGACGUUGUUCUUGUUUUAGCCACCAAUAGACCCGGUGAUCUCGACAGCGCUAUAACUGACCGUAUUGAUGAUGUCAUCGAAUUUCCACUUCCACAAGAGGAAGAACGUUUCAAACUAUUGAAACUCUAUUUGCACAAAUAUCUUUAUGAGGAAGAUGACCAGAAGAAAUCCAAAUGGCAUUCCCUUUUCAACAAGAAAACACAAAAGAUAGUGGUUAAAGAUUUGUCUGAUGAUGUCAUUCGAGAGGCUGCUAAAAAGACAGAAGGGUUUUCCGGGCGUGAGGUUGCGAAACUAAUUGCUAGUGUUCAAGCAGCUGUUUAUGGCAGACCAGAUUGCAGUUUAGAUUCCCAGCUGUUCAUGGAGAUUGUUGAUUAUAAGGUUGGCGAGCAUCAUCAAAGAAUCGAGCUAGCGAAUGCAGGUAGUCAGCUAGCAUAAUGAAAUUUAAUUCGGGUGUUACAUACAUGACAUGAAACUUGUUUCUACUUUUAGAGGUGGAAUUCUGUCUCUUGAAAUUUGAAUUUUGAAUUUUGAGCGAGAUAUAGAUAUAGAUGUGAUGGCCUUUAGCAGGAUUUUGAGGAUUGGUAUAGAUGCUUUGGCAGCUAGGGUUUUUGUUGUUUUUUAGCUUGUGUACUUGUUUUCAUAAAAUCGGCCACUAUCUCAGAACUUAUGUAAUAAACCAUUGAUUAUAUCACAUCCGCGAAUUGUAGGGAUACUUUUAUCACCA